AUGGUAAAUGCAGUUUUUGAUUGAAUUUUUAAAAGAUACAUAAACUUCCAACAGGCUUGUCCCGAAGAUUAUGCGGACUUUCGUGUACUCGCGCGGUGUCCGUCGGGCAGCAAAAAGAACUCGACGUCGUACGAUUCGACGAACGGAAUUAUGCGAUAUAGAUUAACACUGGGCGAGGUGCUCUCCUGGAAUAUAGAUAUUGAUGUGAUCGUCGGGAACGGAUGGACGCGAAUCACCUUGAAAGAGAUUCCACGUUUCAUCGUCGACGCGUUCGACUUUAUUAUGGCCGAUGGCCUCCAACUCGACGGAAUAUUCCGAAAAGAAGGCAACUCGGCGAGACUUAAUCGACCUGAGGUACAGAAAAUGGGCAAAACUUCAUUUUUGAAUUAAGAAUUGCUCAAACAUUUCAGGUUCAAGAAGUUUACCGCGGUGUGCGAGGCAUUCCGUCUGAUUUCACCGUUUUGGAUGUUUGCACCAUGAUCAAGAGAUUUUUGAAAGAUCUGAAACCAACGCUUCUGAAUUCCGACGAUGUCCGGCACAAGCUCAUCGAAAGGGCCAAGAAAGCACGGCUUUCAGGAGAGUUUCACCUGAGCCAUCAGGAAAUGUGCCGCCUGUUCGAGACGCCGUCACGACAGCUUUCUCCCUCUCAUCUAGGCACUCUAGGCUAUGUUAUGCGUUUGUUGAGCAGAGUAUCGUGAAGUGCAUAAGAAAGGAAGCGAAGUGAGUCAACUUUCAGAUUGCGAAACACAGCGAUUCGCAUAAAAUGACGACUGACAACCUGGCAGUAGUGCUUGUCGGUUCGGUAUUCGGAGACUUCAUGGCUGGUGGCGGGACGGAAUCGCGCAAAAAGAUGCAACAAGCGAGGAAAUGUACGGAAGCGGAGUUACACGCGAAGAAAGAGGACAUGGGAGUCCAAGUGGCUGCGGUCAAGCUUCUCAUUAUAAAUGUACAAUCGACGUGUUAAACAAUCCAAAAAUGAUUUUUAGGCCAAUCUAAUAGCCCUUCCGAAGAGUCACUAUGUGUCCAGCAAUCGUCUUCACAGUUCUCCUCACUCGAAUAUUAGAAGCGCGAGUGCGAUGCCUGAUAUCCGCUGUGCAAUAGUGUCCGAAAAAGAACGAGCCCGUCCUUUUGACAUGCCCAGUCCGUACAGUGGAGGUCACGUCUUUAGUAUGGCCAAGGCGUCGUUGAAUUAUAAACAAAGGUCAUUGACCAGACGAGAUUCCGAUUUGACGCAUGUAAAGAAUGUGAAAAGGACAGAGGCCGCUACCACGAAAGUGAGAGGAUAAGCAGAUAUUUACAAUGGAAACUAGACGAAAUUACAGAGAUCCUCGUCUUUUCUUCCGAUAGCUUCAUUGCGUGGACUACGUGACAAGGUUUCGAAUCAGUUUUUGAAGAGAAACAAGAGCCCGAGUCCAGAUAAAGUGAGCCAUUCGAAAUCAAACGUUUUUAUCGAAAUCCUUUAGCUACGCCGCCAAGCAUUCCCACCACCGGAAUCCUCAUCCGCCUACUCGCAAUUCUCGACUCCCGCUUCGCCAAUAAUAGUUCCAAUCCGAAGAAUCGCUUCCGGAAACGACGAUGAAAGUGACGACGGAUCGCCAGUCUUCAGAAGUGGCACAGAUCAGAGAGCCGGAGACUGUGUGCUACAGAAGAAGGGAUCCACGUCUUCAGGCAGAAAAUCGCGGGCUCACACGAAGAAAGGGAACAUCAAUUCGGUGAUGAUUCGGAAAUCCCGUUGCGAUUCGGACAGUCAGAAGUCGUUCCGAAUGUCACCGAUGGAGAAGAGGAAGUCGUGCUCGUCGUCCACCAACUCCACAACCACGUCUCGAUCUCUCCGUCGUUUUUCGCAGUCCGAACAGAACAGUUUCACUCGAAAUUCCGUCGGAGACGCCACUCCUCCGCUGGAAAAAAAGAAGAAAGGAGGCGGCGGCGGAGCUAGUGGAGUCGUCCGUCGGAACACUGCAGAUGGGCUGAAAUGCAGAAGGAACACUGGAAACAUUCCGAGUCGAAGAUCCACGUUUUGGGGAGUUGAUACUAUUGCGGAAGAGAAGGAGAAUCGGAAAAGUGUGAUAAUUGAAAAGCAUAGUGAAGGAGAAGGCGACCAGAGGAGUAUGAUGGAGAAUGGAGAGUCCGUUCUUGAAAUGGUACAAUUUGUUAAUCAGACGGGGACGAUAAAGAUAGAAUUCAGAUGAACAAUCAAGCACGUCUUCGUCGAGUCGGCGUCGCUGAACGACGUCAUCGUCAAGCUAAGUCCGGCCCUUCAGACAGUAUGAUGGUUCUGAAUGGAUCGCUGGCGACGUUCGAAAAGCUCCCACCACACGACAAUAAAGAGAAGGCCUCGCUUCCUAUGCAUCAAGAAACAGUGCAGAAUGUCAAUGAAAAUGAAGCGUAUCCCAACGUCUUUGCCACUCCGGCCAGGGAAAAAGAGCGAUUCAAUCUGGUAUUACGACCAGACGUAGUUGAAAAUUUCAGUAUCUUUGCAGAGAGAGCCCUAUUCUAUAAGCAAGCCAGCGCCAUCCUCGAAGAUGGGAAUGCAGCUGGAAAAAGAUAUGCGACAUCGGUUGGAUGUGGUGGCGACGCCGAUGAUGAGCCGACGGACAGCCAGCGAGUCGGUCUCCGGUCGCUUGCCUCCUCCGUCGCGUACAUCUCCGCCAACUACGACGGCUCCUAUGCAGAUUCCCCUCCGGAAACUGGACAGCGUAGGAGUGAGUUGCUCGCAAGCCCGGUAGAGUUUUUUAUUGCUCAUCGUUCCAGAUCCAGCAGAAUGGUCGCGUGUGGGUCGGAAAGACACAGACGGUCGUCUCGACGCCAGUUCCGUUGGAGACAAAAGAGCCCGAACGGGUGUCUCCGAUUCUUGCUCGUUCUCCGAUAUUCCGAUCGCCAUCGACUGUGCUGUCUAGCGGCAAACCUCUGUCACCGUUGUCUCCGUUCAACUUUCGAUCGAAAUCGCAUUUGACAGAAGACAGGCUGUACAGCCAAGACUGUAAGACACUUUUGAAACCUUCCCUUCGAAAGUGAAUGGCUCAGAUGCUGCCUUGGUCACUCCGCCUCGAGAUCGUCGUCUUCAGCGUUCUCCGCAACGUCAGAAGUCGAAUCUGAUCUAUUACACUCCGAAAACUCGCAGCCAGUGCGCCGAAUCGCCGCUUCCGAUCGACGAAGCGUUGUCUCGUUCAAUUACGCGCUCUACGUCGUCAGUGAUGGUUUCUCCGCGACAUUCUGCACACAGACAGGUAUAUUUACAUUCCCAUUCCUACAGAAACAAUGAUUUCAGACGCCCAUUCUCUCCCCAUUAGUGCAGCAGAAAAGAAACUCGAUGAACGACGAGGUGGUGUUCAAAUGUCCUUUCCUGCCUCCGAUGAAAUCUCACGAGCCGAAAGAGCAGCAGCCACGGACCAAGUGCGUCAUGUCGAGAGAGUCUUCGAUGACAACACCGGCUGACUUUUCGGAGUUCGAACUGGGAGAAUACAACGAUUUUCUCAGGAAUUCCACCGAGGAUACGGUAUUCAUUUAUUAGCUCCUUAUCUGGAUGCUUGUUUCAGAAUCUACCUUUACCUCAUCAGAUGGUAGAGGCCCGUCCGUCGGUCACAAUGCUCCGAAGCAGCCAGUGCGGACUCGUCCAAUCGCGUAUCAACCAUUUCCAAGACAUCGAGCGGAGCCACCGAGUCUCUUCGGAUCUUUCCUCGAGCGGUGGCGGACGUCAUUCGGCCGUCUCGCAGACUUCUCUCAAAUCCAUCGAAACAUUGUCUUCGGGUGGCGAGGGAAGGGCUUAA